CCGACACGAAUCUACCUAGGUACCAAGGGAUUGCAAAACGUGAAAGAGGUCCAACACAUCACAACCCAGUAACUUACCUGACAAAAGCCGCGCAGGUUCGCAUACUUGUAUGACCUGUAAAACAAAACAACCAAAAUGCGUCGCAGCAGUACAACUGGCAGCGGACAGCAUCAGACCAACGCGGGAUUUAGGGCUAGCCAUCCAGGACACCCGAACGGUUCCGAAAAGUCUGCUGAACCCACGACGGGUGAGCGAGGAAGAAAUGGCGUCAGUAUACCAACUGGCCCGAGAAACCCGUCUGUCCCCAAUGUUUACAAAAACAUGAGCACAACAAAGAUACAGUCUGCGAAUGUGCAGACGGGGCAACCAGUUCCUCCAACGACACCGCAUUGGCCAGGCGCAGACCCAGAAGUGCCAGAGCCGCCUGAAAUAAAUAACUACGGCCUCGCUAUAUUUGCUCUCACAGACGAGGACCUUACCCAGCCCAUGGAUGACCGGCCACGUGACCGUGUCGAAAGGGUGAAGCGGAUGCUGGAUAGCAUCGACAAGUACCAACAAGGCGUGCGAGCUACUACCAUGAAUAUUGUGGCCAGUGAGAGGCAGCGUAUCAUGAGGCAUGAGGUCAAUUCGCAGACAAGCGGCAGGGAUCCCGGCAUCAGUCAGGACGAAGUGGACGAAUUGAUUGAGGCUCUGAGUGCAGAGCCUGAGGAAGGCACAGACUACAAUAUGGACACCGACGAUAUAACCAGAGAAGCUAUGAGGGAUCUAGUUGAAGGAAGCGAGUCCUGCAGAGACAGAGAGGGCAGCCUUCGACGACUCCAGUACCUCGCCGAGCAGAGUAUUUACUACAGCGACGAAUUUGACGCAGAGAUUGCCAAAGUACGGGGUAAAUGGGAGGCUAUCUUGGAAAAGGAGCAGAAAGCCCUAGAGGAGUUUGUCUGAGGAAUGUGGUUUGACGGAACAUGGUCAUCACAGAGAGCAUCUGGACUAUCUAAUUCUAGCAUGAAAUGAGUUGUAGCUACCGGCGGUAAGAGGCCUUGGCCAUUGGAACCCGACCAAAGUCGAGGUCCUCACACGCUUCCAUAAUCGGAGCCGCAAUCGAUCUAGAGCACAAGAUAGAGGAAGACUCGACCAAGCAGCAAUCCCACAGAUGUGGGUUUGCGCCAAGUUUACCUACGAGAAUUUCGUGCUCAGUACAAUUGAGGAAGAAAGGAAGCAAUGAGAGUUAUCAGGAUUUCAAUGGCUGUCUGCAAUUUUUGUAUGCGAGCAAAAAUCAAGUGGACCCUUGCUUGACCUAUGGCCUUGCAAUCAGGCGACCCACUAAGCCCAAUUGAGAUAGGUUCUCCAC